GGUCACACUGUUUGCAUGUUAUAAACAAGCGUGGUCGCCGCGCAAAAUGGAUUCUAUUUUUCUGGUAGACACAACAGGCCGCCAGGAAUUCAAUGGCGAGCAGCAGCAUCAGAAGAUUGUGUACAACAAAGAGCUGCUCCUGGCAGAAAGUGACGCGUACAGCGAGGAGGAGGAUGAACAAAACGAGGGCGCAGUGGAGCUCUUCGGCCUAAUGUUGAAAUCCAAGGAAGUGCUCGAUGUCGUGAGUUCCCUGCCUGACCAAAAGAAGCCGGUCUCCAAGGUUGCCAAACAGCUGGAGGACCUCGGCGAAAAGGUCGAGAGUGCAGUGGAGAACUCCAGCAAACCGAAGGUUGUGCCCCGGAAGCGGGUAACAGAACUGAACCACGAUGCCCCACACCUGGACCUGCGGCAGGAAAACCUGGAAAGUAAUAUGAAGAGGACGAAACAGGCCUUGAAUCCAGGUCUAGAACAGGCGCACGCACUACCCACCGUGGGAAAGAGGCAGCAACCCAUCAUCAACAGAGCUGAACGCUCCAAGACCAAGGGCAAGGGAUGGUUUAAUAUGCCCGCCACGGAGAUCACCGACGAGAUGCGAAACGAACUGAAAAUAGUUCAGAUGCGAUCGGUUCUGAACCCUAAGCAAUUCUACAAGAAGAACGACCUGAAACGUCUGCCCAAAUUCUUCCAAAUCGGUACUGUGCUACCUUCGCACUUGGAUCACUACCAAGAAAAGAAGUCCAAGAAGAAGCAGUCGCUGGUUAAUGAGUUGUUAGAGGACGAGAGCUUCCAGAAGUUCAACAAGAGGAAGUACAACGAGGUUAUUCAGCGAACAGACAAAUACGCCUAUCGUAAAAACCUGAAAAAAAUGAAAAAACUUAAGAAAAAUAAAAAAUAGGAAUAUUUUAUUCUAAGACCAAACUUA